GUAGCACGCAGGGGCUGGCUAGCCGCCAUCUUGCUUCUUUUUCUCGCUCGCUCUCUCCCUCUCGGGAAGCGGCGAAAGUGCUUUGGCGGUUUGUCCAUCCGCCGCUUCGGCUCCCCCGGUGCGGUGGUCCUUCCGGCCGCCCCUACCCCCAGCGUCCCCUUCCCCUUCCCUCGAUCGGAGCUCGGCGGAGACUCGACGUGCGCGCACACACUCCGCUUGGCGCUCGCCCUGGCCGGUUUGAAGGGGUGUGGCAGGAGGUUUUGGACUCGAUGAGUUUCCACCGAAAUGUCGGAGAAGUCAGGCCAGAGCACAAAAGCAAAGGAUGGGAAAAAGUAUGCAACACUCAGUUUAUUUAAUACUUACAAGGGUAAAUCUUUAGAAACUCAGAAAACCACAGUUGCAGCUCGACAUGGAUUACAGAGUCUUGGAAAAGUUGGUAUUUCACGGCGUAUGCCUCCACCUGCUAACCUCCCAAGUCUCAAAGCGGAAAACAAAGGCAAUGACCCUAAUGUGAACAUUGUACCUAAAGAUGGCACAGGAUGGGCAUCCAAACAAGAGCAGCAUGAAGAGGAAAAAGCACCAGAAGUUCCACCAGCACAACCAAAACCUGGGGUUGCAGCUCCCCCAGAAGUUGCACCUGCUCCCAAAUCUUGGGCCAGUAACAAGCAAGGUGGGCAAGGAGAUGGAAUGCAGGUGAAUAGUCAUUUUCAGCAAGAAUUUCCCAGCCUGCAGGCAGCUGGGGAUCAGGAAAAAAAAGAAAAAGAAACAAGCGAUGACAAUUACGGACCUGGACCCAGUUUACGCCCACCAAAUGUUGCUUGUUGGAGAGAUGGUGGUAAGUCUGCUGGCUCACCUUUGACAUCUGACCAAGAUGAAAAGCUCUCUGCCCAGGAUGAAAGCACAGCUGGAACAUCAGAACAGAAUGAUAUUCUCAAAGUGGUGGAAAAGAGGAUAGCUUGUGGUCCUCCACAGGCCAAACUGAACGGACAGCAGCCUGCUCUUGCUUCCCAGUACAGAGCUAUGAUGCCUCCUUAUAUGUUUCAGCAGUAUCCGAGGAUGGCGUAUCCUCCUCUUCAUGGUCCCAUGAGGUUUCCACCUUCUUUAUCUGAAACAAACAAAGGCCUUCGAGGAAGGGGUCCACCGCCUUCAUGGGCCUCUGAGCCUGAACGCCCCUCCAUCCUUAGUGCAUCAGAACUGAAGGAGCUUGAUAAAUUUGAUAACCUAGAUGCCGAAGCUGAUGAAGGUUGGGCAGGUGCUCAGAUGGAAGUGGAUUAUACAGAACAGCUGAAUUUCAGUGAUGAUGAUGAGCAAGGAAGUAGUAGUCCUAAGGAAAGCAGCAGUGAGGAUCAAGGUUCAAAAGCUUCUGAAAACACUGAAAACCGAAAAGAAGCAGAUGAAGCUCGCAACGCUCAGUCCUCUUCUCAGAUACCUGCCCAACCAUCGGUGUCAAAAGGUCCCUAUGGGAAGGGACCUCCGUUUAACCAGGAACGUGGACCAUCUUCACACCUGCCCCCACCUCCAAAAUUGCUUGCACAGCAGCAUCCUCCUCCGGACCGACAGGCAGUGCCUGGAAGACCUGGCCCUUUCCCUGCCAAGCAGCAAGUGCCAGAUGAAGAUGAAAUUUGGAAGCAAAGACGAAGACAGCAGUCAGAGCUUUCUGCGGCCGUGGAGCGCGCUCGGAAACGGCGUGAAGAGGAAGAGCGAAGAAUGGAAGAGCAGAGGAAGGCGGCGUGUGCGGAGAAGCUGAAGCGACUGGAUGAGAAGCUCGGCAUAGUGGACAAGCAGCCGCCUCCGGAGGAGAUGAGGGACCGGGAGCGGGACAAAGAGCGCGAGCGAGAGAAAGAACUCGAGAGAGAACAAGAGCGCGAGCGAGAGAAGGAGAGGGAGAGAGAGAGGGAGAGGCAGCAGGAGAAGGAGAGAGAACUGGAGAGAGAGCAGGAGAAACAGAGAGAGCUGGAAAGAGAAAGAAAGCAAGAAAAAGAGAAAGAACUAGAAAGACAGCAGGAAAAGGAAAAAGAACUGCAGAAGAUCAAAGAACAGGAACAGGAAUGUGAGUUGGAGAAGAAAGAAAGGGAAAAAGUGGAGGAAAAAACUGAACACAAAGAACCUACUUUAGAACCUGUGGUAGAAAAACCAGAAAGUGAGACCAACUGUAAUAAAGAGGAUGAUGCAGUUUUCACUCGACAAGAUAGCAGUCACGGUGAAAAAGAGACCACACACGUGGCACAUGAAACAGAGCCAGAAUCGGGCUCUCAGCCUCGACCUGCUGUGUUAUCUGGUUAUUUUAAACAGUUUCAGAAGUCUUUACCACCUCGAUUUCAGCGGCAGCAGGAGCAGAUGAAGCAGCAGCAGUGGCAGCAGCAGCAGCAGCAGGGUGUGCUCCCGCAGCCCGUGCCUUCCCAGCCGUCCAGCGGUGCUGUCCCUCCGCCGCCACACAGACCUCUCUACCAGCCCAUGCAGCCUCACCCUCAGCAUCUGGCCUCUAUGGGUUUUGAUCCCAGGUGGCUCAUGAUGCAGUCGUACAUGGAUCCUCGGAUGAUAUCCGGUAGACCGGCCAUGGAUAUCCCGCCCAUUCAUCCCGGAAUGAUUCCUCCUAAGCCGUUAAUGAGAAGAGAACAGAUGGAAGGGUCGGCAAACAGUUCGGAGUCAUUUGAGCACAUAGCACGAUCCGCAAGAGAUCACGCAGUCUCCCUGUCUGAACCUCGUGUUAUGUGGGGGUCGGAGCCCUAUCCUCAUACCGAGCCUCCGCAGGCCACUACUCCCAAGGCAACAGAAGAACCUGAGGAUGCAAGGUCUGAAGCCCCACGGGAUCAGGAACAGGUUACUGCUGCUUAUCCUGUAGAACAUAGUCAAUUAGAGGUUCAUCCAAAAGCAGACUUUGUCAAAGAAUCCAGUGAGACAGAAGCACAAAAGUUCUUAAGCAGAUCUGUGGAAGAUGUUAGACCUCGUCAUACCGACACAAACACUCAGUCUGCUUGUUUUGAUAUACCUGAUCAAAAAACUAUAGGCACUCCUCAAGAAGAGCGAAUUUCGGCUGGAGAAAGCCUGCCUGCCCGGAAAAGAAGUGUUUCCCAUGGAUCUAACCAUAUCUCAAAAUCAGAGGAGCAAAGAAAUGACCCAUCUGCAAGCAUUCCUAAAGUAACCAGCAGAUGCCUUGAUUCAAAGGAACCAGCAGAAAGGACAGAGGAAAAACCAAAGAAGGAUGGCUUUAUACGAUCUUCAGAGGGACCAAAACCUGAAAAACUAUAUAAAUCUAAGUCCGAAACUCGUUGGGGCCCAAGGCCAAGCUCCAACAGAAGAGAAGAAGGUAACGAUAGGCCUGUGAGAAGAUCGGGUCCCAUUAAAAAACCCAUACUUAGGGACAUGAAAGAGGAGCGAGAGCAGCGGAAGGAGAAGGAAGGGGAAAAGGGAGAAAAGGUCACCGAGAAAGUUGUGAGACCUGAAAAGACUGAGAAGAAAGAUCCUCUUCCUCUAGUGCCACCGCCUGCAGCACCAGCCCAGCCACAGUCGGUUCCACCACCACCUCAACCAGAACUGGAGAAAUUACCUUCAGCAGAAGCUUCAGCUGUGGUUCAAAAGCCACCUCAAGAUGCCGAGAAGCCCUCGGAACCUGUAAGUAGUGUUGAGGUAGAGCCUGUGGCUAAAACUGUGAACCAGCCAACUGUCCCAGCACCAGCAGUCAAAGAAGAAAAACAGCCUGAGAAACUUGGUAGCAAAGACCUUGUUUUAGAGAGGCCCCGACCGGAUUCCAGACCUGCAGUUAAAAAAGAAUCCACUUUACCCCCUCGGACCUAUUGGAAAGAAGCUAGAGAUAGAGAUUGGUUUCCAGAUCAAGGAUACAGAGGUCGAGGCCGGGGUGAAUACUAUUCCAGAGGCCGAAGCUAUAGAGGUUCCUACGGAGGGCGUGGCCGGGGUGGGAGAGGGCACGCUCGAGAUUAUCCUCAGUACAGAGACAGUAAGCCACGGCCAGAGCAUGUGCCCUCAGGACCUCUUCGGCAGAGAGAAGAAAGUGAAACACGAAGUGAGAGCUCUGAUUUUGAAGUUGUUCCUAAAAGGCGACGACAGCGGGGUUCUGAGACUGACACAGACAGUGAGAUUCAUGAAAGUGCGAGCGAUAAGGAUAGUUUAAGCAAAGGUAAACUUCCCAGAAGAGAGGAGCGGUCUGAAAACAAAAAGCCUAUAAAGCCUCAGUCUUCUUUCAAGCCUGAAAAUCACAUCCGAGUAGAUAACAGACCUCUAGAAAAGCCUUACGUGAGGGAUGAUGAUAAAUCUAAACCAGGCUUCCUUCCCAAAGGAGAGCCCACACGGCGAGGCAGAGGGGGGACGUUCAGACGCGGUGGAAGGGAUCCUGGAGGCCGACCGGCUCGCCCUUCCACCUUACGGAGACCCGCUUACAGGGACAAUCAGUGGAACCCAAGGCAGACAGAAGCUCCUAAACCAGAUGACGGAGAGCCACCAAGAAGACAUGAGCAGUUUAUUCCUAUACCAGCGGAUAAACGACCUCCAAAAUUUGAACGAAAAUUUGACCCAGCUAGAGAAAGACCCCGACGACAGCGUCCUACCCGACCUCCGAGGCAGGAUAAGCCACCUCGAUUCAGACGUCUGAGAGAGAGAGAGGCUGCUUCCAAAACCAAUGAGGUAGCAGUGCCCACGAAUAGCACCGUUAAUAAUGUGGUUCAAGAACCAGUUAACCCUGCUGGGGACAUUUCUGGGAACAAGACACCAGACUUAUCUAACCAGAACUCUUCAGAUCAGGCAAAUGAAGAAUGGGAAACAGCUUCUGAAAGCAGUGAUUUCAAUGAGAGGCGUGAGAGAGAUGAGAAAAAAAAUGCGGAUUUGAAUGCACAAGCAGUUACAAAGGCCGGAGAGAAUGUUUUACCUCCAAAAAGGGAAAUAGCGAAGAGAAGUUUUUCUAGCCAGAGGCCUGGUGUAGAUCGCCAGAAUCGGCGUGGCAACAGUGGUCCACCCAAAUCCGGAAGGAAUUUCUCAGGUCCUAGAAAUGAACGGAGAAGUGGUCCACCAUCAAAAAGUGGGAAGCGAGGGCCAUUUGAUGACCAGUCUGCAGGCACAGCUGUUGUCGAUCCCGUCAAUGGCAGCUCUGCACACCAUCAGGAAGGAACACCUAAUGGUACAGGACAAAAGAACGCCAAAGAUUCCACAGGGAAAAAAAGAGAAGACCCCAAAUCAGGCCCUAAAAAACCCAAAGAAAAAGUAGAUGCGCUGUCACAGUUUGAUCUCAACAAUUACGCAAGUGUUGUUAUAAUUGAUGACCAUCCUGAAGUAACCGUAGUUGAAGACCCCCAGUCAAAUUUGAAUGAUGACGGUUUUACUGAGGUGGUUUCCAAAAAACAACAAAAGCGUUUGCAGGAUGAAGAGCGUCGAAAGAAGGAAGAACAGAUCAUACAGGUCUGGAACAAAAAGAAUGCAAAUGAGAAAGGAAGAAGUCAGACUUCGAAGCUUCCUCCACGGUUUGCCAAAAAGCAGGCUACGGGAACUCAGCAGGCCCUGGCCCCGGCUCCAGCCUCAGCCCCGGCCCUGGCCUCGGCCCCGGCCCCGGCCCCGGCCGCGGCCCCAGUCCUCACCUCGGCGUCAGCUCCUCUCCCGACCUCGGCCUCAACCCCACUUCCGCCCUCCACCUCUGCUGCAGCCACAGUCUCUUCUUCAGCUCCAGCCCCAAGCCCCGUCCUUACCUCAGCUUCGUCCCCAGCCUCUGUCCCCAUCCUCGCGUCAGCCCUAGCCCCAGCGUCCGCUUCAGCUCCUGCCCCCGCCGCCUCAGCCCCAGGAGCCCCCGCGCCAGCCGCCCCAGCCCCUGUUGCAACCCCGACCCCAGCCCCAGCCCCUUCCCUAGUCGCUGCCCCAGCUUCGGCCCCAGCCCUGGUCCCAGUCCCUGCCCCGGCCCCCAGUGCACCAGCCCAGACUCAGGGACAGACUCAUAAGCCAGUCCAGAGCCCACUACAGACUACAACCCAGUCUUCAAAACAGCCACCACCUUCGAUUAGACUACCCUCAGCUCAGACGCCCAACAGCACGGAUUAUGUAGCCACAGGAAAGUCCAUCCAGACCUCGCAGUCACAUGGCACACUGACAGCUGAAUUGUGGGAUAACAAGGUGGCCCCACCGGCUGUGCUGAAUGACAUCUCCAAGAAACUGGGUCCCAUUAGUCCACCACAGCCACCGUCAGUGAGCGCGUGGAAUAAGCCCCUAACGUCGUUUGGAUCAGCUGCCCCGUCAGAGGGAACAAAAAAUGGUCAAGAAAGUGGAGUUGAAAUUGGAAUUGACACAAUUCAGUUUGGUGCUCCAGCUUCGAAUGGGAAUGAAAAUGAAAUUGUGCCUGUACUCUCUGAAAAAACUACUGACAAGAUACCAGAACCUAAGGAACAGCGGCAGAAACAGCCACGGGCGGGCCCCAUCAAAGCCCAGAAGCUUCCAGAUUUGAGUCCGGUAGAAAAUAAAGAACAUAAACCAGGUCCUAUUGGAAAAGAACGUUCAUUAAAAAAUAGAAAAGUAAAAGAUGCCCAACAGGUGGAGCCAGAGGGACAAGAGAAACCGAGCCCCGCUGCGGUCAGAAGCACAGACCCGGUAACGACAAAGGAAAGCAAAGCAGUUGCGGAAAUGUCGACUGAAAUAGGAGCGAUGAUUUCAGUGUCGUCCACAGAGUACGGCGCUGAUGUGAAGGAGUCUGUAACAGACUAUACUACACCUUCUUCUUCUCUGCCCAACACUGUGGCUACUAAUAAUGCAAAGAUGGAGGAUACUUUGGUUAAUAAUGUGCCCUUGCCCAACACCCUCCCCCUCCCUAAGAGGGAGACUAUACAACAGAGCACCGGCCUAACCUCAGCUCCUCCCACUACUUUCAGCCUCACCUUCAAGAUGGAGUCUGCACGCAAGGCAUGGGAGAAUUCUCCAAAUGUGAGGGAGAAGGGCUCUCCAGUAACUUCCACAGCACCUCCAAUCGCCAGUGGAGUCAGCAGCAGCGCCGGUGGACCAAGCGCUGCUAAUUACAGCUCAUUCUCCAGCGCGUCCGUGCCUCAGAUCCCUGUCGCUUCCGUCACUCCCACAACAUCACUGUCAGGAGCUGGUACAUAUACUACCUCUUCUUUGAGUACAAAAUCUACAACCACAUCAGAUCCUCCUAAUAUUUGUAAAGUGAAACCCCAGCAGUUACAGACAAGCAGCCUGCCUUCUGCAAGUCAUUUUUCACAGUUAAGCUGUAUGCCUUCCCUUAUUGCCCAGCAACAACAGAGCCCGCAGGUCUAUGUGUCUCAGUCUGCGGCAGCUCAGAUCCCCGCUUUCUACAUGGACACGAGUCACUUGUUCGGCGCCCAGCACGCGCGACUGGCCCCGCCGUCCUUGGCUCAGCAGCAGGGCUUCCAGCCGGGCCUCUCUCAGCCAACUUCGGUUCAGCAGAUCCCGAUCCCCAUUUACGCGCCGCUGCAGGGACAGCAUCAGGCCCCGCUGAACUUGGGAGCCGGCCCUGCUGUGUCCCAGGCUCAGGAGUUGUUCACGUCCUCACUUCAGCCGUACAGAUCUCAGCCAGCCUUCAUGCAGAGCAGUCUGUCCCAGCCGUCUGUGGUUCUUUCCGGUACUGCCAUCCACAACUUUCCAGCUGUCCAACACCAGGAACUUGCAAAGGCACAAUCAGGUCUUGCCUUUCAACAAACUUCGAAUACGCAGCCUAUUCCUAUAUUGUAUGAACAUCAGCUGGGCCAGGCAUCGGGACUAGGAGGUUCCCAGCUAAUUGAUACGCAUCUUCUCCAGGCUAGAGCAAAUCUUACCCAGGCUUCAAAUCUUUAUUCUGGACAAGUACAACAGCCUGGUCAGACAAAUUUUUAUAACACUGCCCAGUCACCAAGUGCUCUCCAGCAGGUAAACUAUGGCAUGGUUACAGUACCUUUACCAGCAUCCCAGCUUUCAUUACCUAAUUUUGGAUCUACAGGGCAGCCUUUAAUCGCUCUGCCUCAGACUCUUCAGCCCCCAUUACAGCACACCACCCCACAAGCCCAGGCCCAGAGCCUGAGUCGUCCGGCCCAAGUAAGCCAGCCUUUCAGAGGAUUGAUCCCAGCUGGAACACAGCACAGCAUGAUCGCCACCACAGGAAAAAUGUCUGAAAUGGAACUGAAAGCCUUUGGAAGUGGCAUUGACAUAAAGCCAGGCACACCUCCAAUCAGCGGUAGAAGCACCACACCAACAUCUAGUCCCUUCCGGGCUACUUCCACAAGUCCGAACAGCCAGUCCAGCAAAAUGAACAGCAUUGUCUAUCAGAAGCAGUUCCCGUCAGCCCCUGCCACUGUGAGAAUGACACAACCAUUUCCUACACAGUUUGCACCCCAGAUUCUCUCUCAGCCUAACCUGGUCCCUCCAUUGGUAAGAGCCCCACAUACUAACACCUUCCCAGCGCCUGUUCAGAGGCCACCAAUGGCACUGGCCAGUCAGAUGCCUCCUCCGCUGACCACAGGCCUCAUGAGCCAUGCUCGUUUGCCACAUGUAGCCAGGGGUCCUUGUGGAUCACUAUCUGGAGUCAGAGGUAAUCAGGCCCAGGCUGCGUUGAAGGCUGAACAAGACAUGAAGGCAAAGCAGAGAGCAGAGGUUCUUCAGUCCACGCAGCGGUUCUUCUCUGAACAACAGCAGAGCAAACAGAUAGGAGGCAAAGCCCCGAAAGUGGACAGUGAUUCAAGUAAACCUCCUGAAACACUGACCGACCCUCCUGGUGUCUGUCAGGAAAAAGUAGAAGAAAAGCCGCCCCCCGCACCUACCAUAGCCACCAAACCUGUUAGAACUGGACCAAUCAAACCUCAGGCGAUCAAAACGGAAGAAACAAAAUCUUAAAGGCUGUGGUUUAUUGCAGGGGGUUGGGGGAGGGCAAGGGGACCGAGGGAGAACGAAGUCGGAUAAUGCCAGCGGCCAGAGGGGUAAAAUGGCCUGUGCCGUUAUCCUGUCCAGAGCUGGGAGGUGCUCGGGGGACAUGGGAGCAGUUGACACUGACACUGACACAGCCGCCGUGCAGGGAAAUGAGGCUUUGCUCGCGUGCACCUGCUGUGAGUGCGCACCAUGCCGACGGCCGUGCUUCUCCGGUCAGAAUCCGUACAGCAGGUUCGUGCGCACUUUCCCGGAGGGCAUUUCGUUUAGAACUGAAAUCCUCACGGUUAGAUGAAACACCAGAAGUAGGAGGAACACAACCCCGCAGAGGACUAGCCAGGCCCGAACGAAGGGAACUCAGCUAAUGCACCGGGUGGUGUCUUUGCUCCCUUACGUGCUUUGGAUGUGAUGGUAGCAUCUGUGGGCUUGGUGGUCGGGAACCGAAGAUAACUGGUGCUGCAUAGAGGAGCCUUAUUUUGUAUUACGGCAGCUUGCUAUUUUUGUAACAUUGUGAUUGAGUUGAACACAAUCAAAAUACAGUCCCUGGUCUCCCCUUCCUCCUGGACGAGUGAGCAGGUGAUGGAAUGUGCUGUCCACACCCUUGGACGUGUCCAGGCGGGCAGGCUUCGGCUGCUGCUUCCGUCGGGAAUGGUGCUGUGUUUCGGUUGCGGCCCAGAGCUUAGACGUGCUGCUUGGCGUCUCCUUCUUCCACGGAGUUGUCGUGUCUUCACACGUGACAGGUUGGGUAAAAUACUAGUUUGAGUCUGGCUUGCCUCCGCUCGGCCGUCUUCAUAUGAAUCCAGUGGGGUUUUGUUUGUUCAUUUGUUUUUAACGGUUUUUAACUGAUGUUCAUCAAGAGCAUGAAUACCUAGAACUGUGCCCUUAAUGGAAGGAAAUCCUGUCGAAGAAGGUCAUUUCUUCACCAGAGCUGUGUCAUACCAUCCUUUGGGCCCUCUGCUGGGAAAGUAGAAUCAAGUCUCAAAUAAUGCCUUUUUAAUUGUAUCUUCUAGUAUUAUAGAUGUAGGACAGUACUGUAUCAUACCUCUGUGAAUGUAAAAUACCUUGUACCUGCUUUAUGAUACGUAAUAGUGACCGUGCUUUAUCAGAGCUGUUUUUAAUGAUGUUAUUCUAGAAUGUUUUCUUUCCAGAUGAUGAUUGAGAAGCUAAUUAAAAAAAUGGUGCCAGGUACCACAACAGUAACAGAACUUUGCUGUUUUCUGGGGUUUUGUUUUUUUACCUUUUUUUUUCUUCUUUUUUAUUAAUGGAGUGUGCUGGAUGUCUCUCUAAUUUUGUUCAGAUGACUGCAGAACCUGGAAAAGCUGUUGCUGCUAUUGAUGCAUAACAUACUGCUAUUGGUCUUUUUAUAUAAAUAAAUAAAUAAAAAUAUAUAUAUAUACAUACAUAUACAUAUAUAUAUAAAUAAUUUGAAUUUUUGGAAACUUGAGCUGUGCUGUCAACUUUGGACAAAGUAUCCCAGUUGUGCCGUGUUGGGUUGGCGUUGUACAGAAAUUAACAGCCAUAUUGGUCUAGAAAUGUUAAACAUAAUUUUUUCCAUUUGUACAGGGGUAACGCACUGUAUUAAAUAUGUAAGGUCUUAUCUACAUGGGUUUGAUUACAGAAACUAAUAAAGUAUUCUCUAAAUAAUGA